AGAGAGAGAGAGAGAAAGAAAGAAAGAAAAAAAAGUGAAAGUGUUCGACAUGUGAUUCACGGAUAAAAAAAAUGUGUUUGUAAUUCAUCUACCUCAGAAUUUCAUGUAUUAUUACCAAAGAUAUUUUGUUGAUUUUGAUAUUAUUUGCGUCUUUUAUUCUGGAGAAAAUAUCUUCCCUUCUCUUGAAAACGGAAAAAAAAGUGCGUGGAAGAAAUUUAAAAUCGUUCUUUUGUGAAUGUUUAGAAGGCUUGUUUCUUUUUUAAGAGAGAAAAAAUCGGGAAAGAAAAACAAAAGCGUUUUGAGUUUUCCUAAUAAGAAUAAAAGAAAAGAAAAGAAAAGAAGAAUUUUUUUGAAAAUUGAUUCUUGGUAUUAACGAUGGAAACUACUCAGGAUGACGCGACCAGGAUCCAGAAAAUGCCAAUUAAUGACGUCAUCGCCGCAACGACCACCGUGUGAUGACGACGACCACCGCCGAGACGAUAAGAUAAGACAAGACGCUUAAGUAGGAUGCUCCCGUAUCUCGCCGAGGGAUGCUGAGGGUGACUGGCAAAGCACUCGAAGCAACACGGUGCCUUGUUAUCGAGAGAGAGGAAAAAAAUCCCUCCUUUAUUUUUUUUAACAUUUUAAUUGGACGUCCGAAGAAGUGACGUAAGUUCUGACGUCACCAUGUCGCUCAAUCUGACGUCACCGAACAACACGGGCGCCGUCAGACCCGACGCGUCCAACCUGCUGAUGUGCAAGCAGUGGUGGCGCGUGUGCUGGGUGUACGGAGACCAGUACAAACAGUACAGGCACUUGUACUCGAAGAAGAGCAAGAUCAACACCCUCAGGAGCAAGGACACGAACAAGGACACGAACAAAGACACGAACAAGGACACGAACAAGGACGCCAAUCGAGAGAAUGAAAAGAAGGACCAUAUAUGCGAAGGAAAAGUGUGUCGCAACUGCAAAUGCCCUCGUGAAGACCACUGCGGCGGGGAGAUGGCCCCCCCAGCGUCGCUCUCCGAGGCGCCCAACCCGCAGAACCCACAGCAUCACGCCCACCCCCCACAGCACCAACCCCCUGCGCCCCCACAGCUCCAGCAGCCACAGGAGCCGUCGAGCAAGAAGCCGGGCGUGUCGGUGGGCGGCGUGUUCGGGGGCGUGGGCGGGCUCAUCACGGACCCCCAGCGCCACAGCCAGAGCGACGACGACUCCGGCUGCGCCCUCGAGGAGUACACGUGGGUUCCGCCGGGACUCAAGCCCGAGCAGGUUCACUUGUACUUCUCCGCGCUGCCCGAGGACAAGGUGCCUUACGUGAACUCGGUUGGGGAAAAGUACAGGAUCAAGCAACUCCUCCACCAACUGCCGCCGCAUGACAAUGAGGUGCGGUACUGCAACGGCCUCAGCGACGAGGAGAAGAAGGAGCUCCGUCUGUUCUCGGCGCAGAGGAAGCGAGAGGCCCUGGGCAGAGGCUCCGUCAAGCAGCUGCCUGUCAACCUGCACUCCACCAUGACCUGUGCCAAUAUCAUCCUCGCCGACGAGUGCACGGAGGCCGAGGGGAGGGCGUGGCACAUGAAGCACUUCGCCUGCUUCGAGUGCGACCGCCAGCUGGGGGGGCAGAGGUACAUCAUGAGAGACGGCCGCCCCUUCUGCCUCCACUGCUUCGACGCCAUGUUCGCCGAGUACUGUGACACCUGCGGGGAGCCCAUCGGCGUGGAUCAAGGUCAAAUGACCCACGAAGGCCAGCACUGGCACGCCACCGAGGACUGCUUCUGCUGCCACACGUGCCACGCCUCUCUACUGGGCCGCCCCUUCCUGCCGCGCCGCGGGGCCAUCUUCUGCUCCAUCGCCUGCAGCAAGGGCGAGCCCCCGACGCCCUCUGACAGCAACGCCAACACGCCCGUGGCGCCUCAGGCCCCGACGCAGAUGCUGAGGCCGUCGACGGGGCUGGAGCGGCGGUCGUCGCUCUCGUACGACGCCUCCGACUCCACGCUGACGUCCCCGCGCGCGCCGCGCCCGUCGAGGCACCUCAACCACGAGUCGACGUCCGACCUGAGCGACGGCGCCUCCCCCCUCCCGGGCCGCCGCGGCAUCAAGUCGCCGCUGCCGGACGUGCAGGUGGUGUCCAAGUCGCCGAAGAUGCGGCGGCGCCCCCUGCCCACCUCGCCCCUCACGGACACCAGCGGCGACAAGAGCGAGGCGACCAGCCCGCGGUCGCCCCUGCUCAGCAGAAAGCCGUCCAGCGUCACCGGGCCGCAGCCUCGCAUCACGCGUGACAACUCUUUCCAAAUCCGCGACAUGCAGAGGACGCGCCAUGCGCCCGCCCUCUCCAGGGAGCCUUCCAUGUCCGGCAUGCACGGCGUGGUGCAGCCCAACAGCUUUCCUCCGCCACCCAGUGUCUCUAGUCCACGCUCACCGGGGUCUGUUUUGUCGGUCGACAACCAAGGGCAACAAAGACCCAAUGAGAACGUCGCCUCCCCCGUGUCGCCACGCUCACCGCGCUCGCCACGCCUGCAGUCUGCGCAUUCACCGAGACACGAGAGUCACAGACACAACCUCGAGUCUCCCCUCGGGCCGUCAGAACUUGGGUCGUCCAGGGUCUCUUCAGAGGUCGGAGGGUCUCGGGCGCCCUCGGAGAUCGGGUCUCCUCGGCCGGGCAACCGAUCCGUGGCCGCGGUGACCGGCGAGGAGGUGCGGGGCCAGGCGCAGGCGAACCCUCUCAUGCGCUCUCCCAAAAUGGGCCGAAAAGCCUUGCAACUCCAGCAGUCUCCCAAAGUGGGCCGGCGUGCUUUAGAAUACAGAGGUGCGGACGGAAGCACAGUUUCCUCCUCUUGCCAAACGAGCCCGCACUCCCCUCCUCCUCCUCUGCCAGGUCAGCCUUUGACAUCCACUCCCACGGGUGAGGAGAAUGUACCGGCGGACAAAGUGCAGCGCGGAGUUGAGCUUGUGGGGGCGGGGCUCGAUCGCCUGGUGCUAGAACGCUCCCUUGGCCGCAUUCUUGCAGAACAAGGAAUCAACCUUCUACGUGAGGUGGCUGCAACUUCUUCCCCUGGAACGCUAGAAUCUCUCUUGCAAAACUCGGAGCUCUUGUCCAAUGCCGCGCGCCGUCAGCCAUUAGACCUCUCGGCGAUGUCUGAUCUUAAUCUAGAGGCGCUCCUGGCGUCAGAAGAAGCCACCCGAGGACGUGCCUCUCCUGCCCAUGUGUCUAUGCCAGACUUAAGUCAGCAUGGGGAAUCAUCUGCCUCUACAUCUCCUUCAGCGACUCCUACCCCCGGAGCCCCAAGAAAAAGCUCACUCUCUUCUCGACACAAAGACAGACACAAUCGCUCAGUCCGAUUCGACCCAGCUCAAGUUGGCGGGGAAUCCCCGAGCCGCCAGCAUUCAGCCCGCGAUCCUCGUGAUUCCUCGUCGUCGACGUCUUCGUCGGGGUCGGCUCCAACAGCUCUGGAGGUGUCGCCAGCCGAGGGCUCCACCAGGAGCCGCCGCCAGCGACACCACCGAGGGAGCGGCUCCAAUGGCUUCCCAAGGUCACGUUCGUAUUCUGGUUCAGAACCCUCAGCCGCGAACAGAACCCCGCGAAAGACCCCGUCUGCGCCAGGCCUCGAGGACGCGGAUUGGGACCACGAGUCCGUGUGCUCUACUUGCUCCUCUUCUUCCUCUGAUGAAUUUGACUAUGAGCUCCCCCCAAGGAGAGCUUAUGGCGGUGUUCGUAUAAGUUAUGUGCCUAAUGAUGCCCUGGCAUACGCUAGACGGCAAGCUGGAAGUACUCAACCACCAGGGUCCCCCUCCACUCGUAAGAGGUUCGGAGAGAAGGACAAAAACUGUAUUAUCUCCUGAUGGCUUCGUGCGCCAGUGAACUCUAGCUAUGCAGCAGCCAAGUGCGCUUAGUAGUGACAGAUUAGUGCUCUAUUUUCGUCUUGCGCUUAAUUUUUGUGGCUGCAGAGCUGCCUACCUCGUGGUUCUGGUGGCACUCUCUUCGGGAGAGAGCCAACUGAGGACCUUGCCGCACCAGUAUUGUUGGACAGUGCCACACACACCAUUUUAAAAGUAUCUUAUUCAUGGACUGUCGUAUUACAUACAACAUACAUUGAAUAUUAAGUGCUCAUUCAUGUUGAUCAUCCUAAUGAUAAAAUCUCGGAGUACGGCAUUAAUGUGCACAAAGACAGAUCUUGUUUACACCUAAAUUUAAUAUCAACAAUAGUAUUACAGUAAGUAGCAGUUUCUAAAGUGAAAAUUGGGCUGUGAGAAAAAAAAAUCAACAUCAACAUCAUCAUCCCUAUAAUAUGCAAAGAGGCCAAGGAAUGUUGCUGUGACAUCAUUCGGCUGAACAUCCCACCAACAUACUGGCCACAUGUACUGUAGUAGGAUAGUUAGUUCGGAACCCUUCUAUAUGUAUAACUGCAGUCUAACUGAAGUGCCAAAUAAUGUCUUCCAAGACUCAACUGCGAUUAGCAAUGUGGAAGAAGAAUUUCGCUGUCUGUUGAGACAUACCUGAGUAUUAUUUAUAGUCAAUAUUACCUGAAAUGACUCACAAGAUUAAGAAAUGAUGCAAUAUUUCAUAGUAAAACAUAAUCUGCCCUGUUUAGCGGUUGGCAUCCAGAUAUUUACAUCUUAGUUACAUGUCUGCAUCGAUCGGGUGCUUGUAAUAAGUAUACUUUAUAUAUUAUUGUAGCCUCCUAUGUAUACUACGUCAUGUAUUGAUUACGUUUGCUAUAAUGGGCUACUUACAAAUCCACAACACAGAUUUUCCAUUCGAUAUAAGUAUCGCCAAAACAGUGUUUUCGCUGAUAAUGGAGAUUUACAAACACUGGCCUAUUUAAACAGACUUCAGACUUACAGACACCGGAUCGAAAUCAAAACAAAACAUAAAUAAACACGGCUAGAUCCUGCAAUCUUUCACCCCGUCACUCUUAUCAAAUCAAAAUUCAAGUAUUGAGCUGUUUUUUUUUCACCUUCAUAUAAUACAACACACGUGCACCUAAAGUACUCGACAGACCUUCCACACACAUUUCCGAAUCCUGUGGACUGGAAUAAAGUGCUACGGAUGCCGACCGAGAUGGAUAUUGUCAAACUGUGUCACCAUACUUUGUCAUGUUUAGAGGUUUGACCUAAAAUUCUGACUUCUUUGACACGAGUAACUAAGCUUUAUCGUUUGUUAUCCUUUUGUAAAUGUGUGACUAAUUUCCAGUUUUAAGUAUAUUAGGUUUAUUGCAUUCAUAUCAUCAGAGAAUAUAAGAUUUCAUAUACGCGUCAUUUAUGCACAAUAGUCGCAUUCAUUUUCACAAGAAUGCUAGUGAAAAAAAACUGUUAAAUCAUACACAAAAAAAAAUCAUCCUGUUAUGUGGCAGCUGUUGCAUAUUGCAGCUUGAUCAGGCUAUUCGUUGACACAACCCACCUUUAUAUUAGCUGCAGGACUCUCCUGUUGCACACAUAAUUGCGACAUUUAUUCACGUCUUGUAUUCAGUAUUUCUAAUUUUUGUAUAGCAGUGUCUAUAGAGAUUCCCUAUCACUUAUUAAUGAGUGUAAAGAUCACUCAAACACUGUACAUUCAUGUAUUUAUUUUGAUUGUUGUAUAUUACUUGUAGUCUAUGCCUUUUUAUUAUUGUAAGUUCGUAGAUUAUAAAUGUGUUUAUAUUGCUAAAGCAGAAUGUUCAUAAGGAAUGUAAUAUAUGAGAAUGGCUUUUGGUUAAGGGUUUGUACAUAUAUUAAUAAAACUGUUUUCCGAU